GUCGCAGCCACCGCGGUGCGAUUGUGUGUUCCGCGGUGCAUGCCGUUUGUCACCAUUCAAGACGGCGAAUGCCGAGCGAGUUUCGCCACGAGUCGACGGCGAGAGGAUUCUCCAUCGAGGUCUCUCAGAGGUGGCGACGGGGCUGGAGAAGCGGGCGGGACGCCCGCGCGUUUGUGGAAGACACUGGCGGCUACAGCGAUGCCGGCGAUGAUGUCGUGCGACGAUGAUUGUGAACAUUUCGGGCGACGGAUAUUUGAAAAAGGUAGGUGUUCGUCAAUCGUGAUGCGUAAGAUGAGUACCGGCAGAAUUUCAGGAAAUCACGCCUCUAACGAAAUCUUCUUCCCGAUAAUCGCUCAGGUGAUUAACGUUAAUUGACGUUUCCUAAACGGCUUCAAGGAGAAAAGACGUUCUGAUGUGACUUCCGACGUUUCCAGUGACUUUGAAAUGCAGUUUCGAAGUGUCUUAUCGUAUCAAGUCAAGCCGACAGCAAGAAAUCAUGAAUUUCUAAAUUUGACGGAAUGAACAUUAAAUUAUUAGUAAAACUUUAUAUAUAUUACUUAUAAAAUGUAUAUUAUCAUUUUCUUUUUUGAUCUUAGAAGGAGAAAAUACAAAUCAAUCUAACGAUUUCAAUCGAUAAUAAAGUCAACAUUUUCUAUUCUUAAUGGAAAAACUGAAAGUUUCAUGCACAAUAUUAAUAUAUAUUUUUAUACGGACUCCAUUUACUCCGCGUUUUGAACAUCCUAGUCAUAUUUUAUUGUAACUAUAUAUUUUAUUCUAUUACGCUUACAUUUUAUUGUGCGUACUGUCAUACUUUCUGCGUAGUCAUAUUUUCAUGCGCAUUAAAAUAACAGAACUGAAAA